GCCCUGCAAUGCAUGGUGAGUUUUUGUUGGAGUACUUUUUGUGAAUGAUAGAGGCAGGGGAAAAACCAGACGGGAUUAGCAUUUUAGGAGUUUUGCUAGGGAGUAGGCAGUCAUGAGGGUCUUGAAGAUGAAGCAAAGAAGCUUUUUGAUGAGAUGGAAUCUGUUUAUGGAGUCCCUCGAGAGCCCAAGCAUUACGGGUGUAUGGCUGAUUUGCCUGGGCGAGCUGGGUUGAUCAAAGAAGUGACGGAAAUUAUAAAGGGUAUUCCUAAGGGUGGUGAUAUGUCUGUGUGGAGUGGUUUUCUUGGAGGGCGUCGGAUACAUGGGCAUGUUGAGAUUGCAGAGAAAGCAGCGAAGCACAAGUUGUUACUGGUCUGGUUUCUGUGUAUUAGAUUAAUAGGUUACUUUUGUUAGUUGAAGGCAGGGGUAUUUUUGCUGCUAGGUUUCCAGCUCCAGUCUCCUGUAUUUCCAAUUCUUCUGCAAAAAAAAAAAAAAAGAGCUUUUGGGGAUGGCUUCGCAUCAGCAUCCUAUGAUCGAUUUGGGUGUACUUGGUUCAAGCGGGCAGAGAAUCUAAUGAUAAGUUAUAGUGAAAAUAUCAGCAAAUAUCGAAAUGGAACAUGGCUCAAGAGUUGUGGAUAGUAUAGCUAUAUAUUGUAGAACAGAAGAAGAGCAGAUUCAUAUCCUUCGGAAUAUACCAUAUGGCUAUAACUUUAUUGUAGAACAGGAAUGAGAGUGGUACUAAAAAUUUCUUUUUAAUAUUUCUUGGAUGUUUAAUGUGUAUCAGGCAACAUUUGCAGUGCAAAAGGCCAGUCCAGUUUUUUCUUUCCUUGAACAAGAACAGAGAGUGAAGGACUUCACUUGACCCCUCUAAGACCCUCUGCUCUCAAAGAUAGUUUCCAAUGGUGCUUGGGGAAACUCUUCAUUGGAUAAGGAUCCUUCUGUCAUAUUAUUACAAAAGGCUGUAGUAGGACACGACGUGCCACUUCCUGAGCCAUCUACUGGGUGCUGUCUUGCUAACACUUCAACAUAUGUCACUUCAGGAUCCACGCUCUGCUACGUGGCUCUAUAAUUCUCUCCUUCUAAUCAUCCUGCCCUUUUUAUACCCCCAAGAACCCAAACCCUUUCCUUCAGCAAGCAAGCAAGGCUUAGAAUCUUCAUCUCGCCCAACCUUGGUGUUUUACACCUCAGACAACAUUUCUCAUUACUCCCAUCAUGGCUGUUAGAUCAAUGGGUUACUGGAAAUCAAUGGCUAGUCGCUUAAGAGGAACGGCGACAUAUGCAACAUCAACCCCACCAAAACUGAAGUCAUAUGCAGAAACAGCUGAUCAAUUCGGACAUCAGUAUCAUCAAGAAAGCAAGCACAGCAAGAAAGUAAGAGGUGACUUUGUGCCUGUUUAUGUAGCAAUAGGGAUGAUAACCGUCUCAAUAUCUCUUGGUCUUUACACUGCCAAGCAACAAGUACUGUAUGCACCGAAUGUUCGUGUAAGGAAGAAGACAAGAGAGACUGUACCUGAAGUGGUUGAUCCUGAUAAAGUGGUGGAUGAAGCUGAUAAGUUUAUCAGGAAAUCUUUCUUCAGGAAAGUAGCACAUGUUCAAGAGUUUGAUCACAAUGGGCUCCAGUAUUUGCCUGAUCCUUCUCGUAAAGACGUUUUCGCUCAAAAGCCUCGUGCUGAGACCCUUAAAGAUGUUGGGAUUGAUCCUAAAUCACAGCUUUGAGCUGUUCUGGACAAAAUGCAUCUCUUCUGCUCUUUUUUUUUCUGUUUUUUUUCCAUUUCUGAUGUUCUUUCUUGGGGUUAACCCCCUGCUUGUGCAGGAGGGAGGGAGUUUGCUGGACCUCCUUGCUUAACCAAUGCGAUUGUAAAUACAAGUGGUUAAAAUAAAGUCCAUUGCCCGAAUUCUUCUAAGACUUUGGGCUAAGCCUUUAAGCAUUA